AUGAGAAAAAUACCGAAUAAUGGGACCCUGAAGAUGGCAUACCCCCUGGGGCUGUUUGUGUGCCUGUUCAUUUAUGUCGCCUACAUCAAGUGGCAUUGGACCUCUGCCGCCCAGGCCUUCUUCAGCAUCACUGAUGUGGCUCUGGGGGCACACAGAAGCCAGCAAGCCCACAGCCCCUCUGGGACAGCAGGACAUGGUCAUGCAGUCUUCUAUGGAAUCAUGUUCGAUGCAGGGAGCACUGGCACCCGUGUACAUAUUUUCCAGUUUGCCCAGAAGUCUAGAGAAACUCCCACCUUGAUGCAUGAAACCUUCCAAGCUCUUGAACCUGGUCUUUCUGCAUAUGCUGAUGACGUGGAAAAGAGUACCCAGGGGAUUCAGGAAUUGCUGGAUGUGGCAAAACAAGAAAUUCCCUUUGACUUCUGGAAGGUUACUCCUGUAGUCCUCAAGGCAACAGCUGGAUUACGCUUAUUACCAGGAGAAAAGGCCCAGAAGUUACUGCACAAGGUGGAAGAAGUGUUUAAGGCCUCGCCUUUCCUUGUGGGAGAUGAUUGUGUCUCCAUUAUGAAUGGAACAGAUGAAGGUGUUUCCGCUUGGAUCACAGUCAACUUCCUGACAGGCAGUUUGAAAACCCCCGGAAGGAGCAGUGUUGGCAUGCUGGACUUGGGUGGAGGAUCCACACAGAUUACCUUCCUACCAGCCAUUGAGGGCACCCUUAAGACCUCACCAGCCAGUUAUAUCACAUCACUGCAGAUGUUCAACAGGACCUACCAGCUCUACUCCUACAGCUAUCUGGGACUCGGGCUGAUGUCGGCCCGCCUCGCACUCUUGGGUGGUGUGGAAGGCCAACCUGCUAAUGAUGAGAAGGAGCUAGUCAGCCCUUGUCUGCCCCCUGGUUUCAAAGGAAAGUGGGAGCAUGCUGAAGUCACAUAUAGAAUUUCUGGAGAGAAAACAGCAGCCAACCCUCAUAAGCUGUGUGCCAACAAAGUGUCAGAAAUUCUUCGAAGCAAAGUGCACAGGACAGAGGAAGUGAAAUAUGUGGAUUUCUACGCCUUCUCUUACUAUUAUGAUCUUGCUGCACAAAUCGGCCUCAUCGAUGCUGAAAAAGGAGGCAGCUUGGUGGUUGAAGACUUUGAGAUUGCAGCCAAGUAUGUGUGUCGGACGAUGGAGACUCACAAUCAGAGUAGCCCUUUUAUGUGCAUGGACCUCACUUACAUCAGCUUGCUGUUGCAAGAAUUUGGAUUUCCAGGGAACAAACUGCUCAAGCUGACUCGGAAGAUUGAUGAUGUUGAGACCAGCUGGGCUCUAGGGGCCAUUUUUCACUACAUCGACUCUCUGAAGAGACCCAUGGUCCCCACCAAUGAAUAG